AAUCUUUAAAUGAAUCUGAAGAAAGUGAUAAUUCAAAAGAAGAAUGUACCAGUGAAUCCGAAUCUGAAGAGACUGAUGACUCAGAGUCGGAAGGAAAUGCUGAUACAGGUGAAUUUGACCACCGUUGGGAGGAACUACGAGAAGAUGCACCUGAUACUGAUGAAAUCACGAGGAGGCUGGCAGUGUGCAAUAUGGAUUGGGAUCGUAUUAGGGCAGAAGACUUGUUUGCUGUGUUUGAUUCUUUCAAACCUGCUGAUGGCCUUAUAAAUUCAGUGAAGAUAUAUCCAUCUGAAUAUGGAAUGAAACGUAUGGAGGAGGAAAAACUUCACGGACCUCCAGAAUUAGUUGAAGAAAUCUUAGAUCCAGAUGAAGAAGAAGUAGAGGAUAAAAAGACGUCUAAAUAUCAUAGGGAAAAACUUAGACAGUACCAAAUUAAUAGACUUAAAUACUAUUAUGCAGUAAUUGAUUGUGAUUCUCCAAACACUGCAAAUAAUUUGUAUGAGCAGUUGAAUGGAAUGGAAUAUGAAAGUAGUUCAGUACGUUUUGACAUUAGAUUUAUUCCAGAUGAUGUGACUUUUGAUUACGAGCCCACAAGUGUAGCUGACAAAAUCCCUGACCCAAUUGAGUACAAACCUAGACUGUUUGUUACAACAGCACUUCAGCAAGUCAAAGUAAAUCUUACUUGGGAUGAAACUGAUCCUAAAAGGAGGGAAACCCUUCAAAAGGCUUUCACAGAACCUGACAGCAUAGAAAGAGAUAUAAAAGACUAUUUAGCAUCCUCAUCCAGUGAAAGUGAAGUGGAGAUAAAUGGAGAUGGAGAAGAAGAAGGAAGUGAAAAUAAUAAAAUUUCUACAAAAAAGAGGAUUGCAAAAUAUAAGGCAUUAUUACAGUCAUUAGAAGAAAAAGAGAAACAAGAUGAAGACAAAUAUGAAAUGGAAAUAACUUGGGAACCUGGUUUGAAAGAAAGAACAGAGGAAAUUGUCAAAGAGAAAAUUGAAAAAGUUUCUUUGAAUCCAUUUGAAGAAAUGCGUAAAAAGAAAAAAGAACAGCGCAAGCUUAGGAAAAAAGAGAAGAAGAUGUCAAAUUAUGAAAUAAGUGAUAAAGACUAUUCUGCAUCAGAAGAAAGUGGUGAAGAAUUUUUCUCAAAAAAGAAACCUGUAGAGAAGAAAAUGGAAGAACGAGAUGUAAAACAAUUAGCUGAAUUAUCUCUACUCUCUGAUUCUCGGAGAAAAGAUAUUAUAGAAAAUGUAUCUAAAAAGAAAAAAGAAAAGAAGAAAUCGAAAUUAUGUGAAUCUGAAGAUUUUAAGUGUGAUGUAAAUGAUCCAAGGUUUUCAGCUAUAUACACUUCACAUUUGUUUAAUAUUGAUCCAUCAGAUCCUCAUUUCAAGAAAACAGAGGGAAAUCUGGCAUUGAUACAGGAGAAGCAAAAGAAAUUAAAGCAUAAAGAUUCUUAUAAUGAUAGUCAGAGAAAUGUUAAGAAAGCUAAAUACUUUUAAUCAUAUGUAAAUAUGUGAAUAAAUAAAAUUAUUUUUAUAGUACCAACUA